CCCACAGACUGGGAAGUCCCCAGGAUCUCUUUAAUGGUUCCAGAGAGUUCUCUGGCUAAAGAUUGGUGCUGCAUCUGUUGAGCAAUGUUGACAGCCUCAUCAAAAGUGAUAUUUCCACUGUGUUUAAUGUUAUCCUGUUUCUUUCUGUCUCUUGGUGGUUCCUUGAAGGCUUCGAUGAUCUGGGCAGAAGCAGAAGGUACCACCUCAAUCUGGGCCUGUCUGUUCUGAAUGCAAAGUGAGUUGAAUUCCUUCUUGUGGACCAUUAAGCGAGACCCGCCAUCUUACUUCUUUGGCACGAUCCAUGUCCCAUACACCCGAGUUUGGGACUUCAUCCCCGACAACUCUAAGGAGGCUUUCCUGCAGAGCAGCACUGUGUACUUUGAGUUGGACCUCACAGACCCCUAUACGAUCUCAGCUCUCACCAGCUGUCAGAUGCUGCCACAGGGCAAGAACCUCCAAGAUGUGCUCCCCAAGGACAUCUACUGCCGCCUCAAGCGCCACCUGGAGUAUGUCAAGCUCAUGAUGCCCUCGUGGAUGACCCCAGACCAGCGCGGCAAGGGACUCUACGCAGACUACCUCUUCAAUGCCAUUGCCGGAAACUGGGAGCGCAAGAGGCCUGUAUGGGUGAUGCUUAUGGUCAACUCCCUUACUGAAGUGGACAUUAAGUCCCGUGGGGUGCCUGUCUUAGACCUGUUCCUUGCCCAGGAGGCUGAGCGGCUGAGGAAACAGACUGGGGCAGUGGAAAAGGUGGAAGAGCAGUGCCAUCCAUUGAAUGGGUUGAACUUUUCACAGGUCAUCUUUGCUUUGAACCAGACCCUCCUGCAGCAGGAGAGCCUGCGAGCGGGCAGUCUUCAGAUCCCCUACACGACGGAGGAUCUCAUCAAACACUAUAACUGCGGGGACCUCAGCUCCGUCAUCCUCAGCCAUGACAGCUCCCAGGUUCCCAAUUUUAUUAAUGCCACGCUACCACCUCAGGAGCUCAUCACUGCUCAGGAGAUUGACAGCUACUUACGCCGGGAGCUGAUCUAUAAGCGGAAUGAGAGAAUAGGGAAGCGGGUGAAGGCCCUUUUGGAGGAGUUCCCUGACAAAGGCUUCUUCUUUGCCUUUGGAGCUGGUCAUUUCAUGGGCAACAACACAGUGCUGGAUGUUUUGCGGCGUGAAGGCUAUGAGGUAGAACACGCCCCUGCUGGACGACCCAUCCACAAAGGGAAGAGUAAAAAGACCUCCACACAGCCCACCCCGUCCACCGUCUUUGCUCCAAAAGUGUCUACCCCCGAAGUACCGACACCGGAAGCCAUAUCCUCGGUGCACUCAACGCUGCCGACCCUUGUGUCCCGGCCUGGAAGUGCCCACCCUCCCAGUGACGCCGAGCAGAAGUUCCGGAAGAAGCGGAGGCGACCACGGCGGAGGCAGCGACUCGGACAGUUCAGCGAUCUGUGGGUCCGCCUGGAGGAGAGUGACGUGGUCCCGCAACUCCAGGUCCGUGUCCUGGACAGGCACAUCUCCACUGAGCUGCAGUUCCCUCGCCAUGGGCAUUCCCACCACAGCCAGAUGGUGGCCAGCAGUGCCUGCCUGUCUCUCUGGACUCCUGUGUUCUGGGUGCUGGUGCUGGCUUUCCAAACAGAGACACCUCUCCUGUAACGACCAGAAGUACCGGGCUAAUACCCUGACCCCUUGGACUUGAAGGAUGGCCAUUCCUGUACUCCACAUUCUGGUCUAGCCUUGUUGGGCCCAAUCCAACACUGAAAAAGAAGCCCAGUGUUGAUUCUUCUCUUUCCAAGGAAUGAGACUUUGGGUUAUCCAACUUUGGGGGGAGGUGUACAGUUUUGUAACAUAAUGAGUUGUGUGAAAAUAAAUUAUAAAUGAGUUGUAUGAAAAUAAAACCCUUUUUUUUGUGUA